UCAGUCAAGUGGACUUUUCGCCAGCGCUGCUUGUAUGUUGCCCGCUAUCUAAUCUAUUCUCAAUGUUGUGAAUUCUCGUUGGCCGCGGCUUUUCGAAGAAUGUCACGAGAAAGAAAUCAUUGUGUAAUGUAAUAUACUAUCCAAUGAUGAAAUGAUGGCAACUUUUUUGUUGAAGCUGUUUAACUGCGUUGAAAAAGACAAAAGAUACAUUAAUAUGGUUCCUAACAUGUUGAUCUUGUAUUUUCUGCAAUAUUUCAUCAAAGCUACUGAGAGCAUUUCAACUGUUGGAUGUGGUGAAACAAAGGGAUGUUUGCGUUCCCUAAAUAAUUGCAAUGGUAAUGACUGUGAUUUUGUUGCUACCUACACUCUCCAACCAAGAAACUUGAUUCAGUUUGAACUCUUUGGAAAGGACUCAGACUGGGUUGCCAUUGGAUUUAGCGACGACCAGUCUAUGCCAAACACUCAUUCUGUGUCCUGCUACGUGGUUAACGGGAGAGUUAUUAUAAGAAGUGCAUAUUUGCGUUUUAAAAGUUCACCUAGUUAUGAUGAGGAAAAUGAGUUGGAUCUCGUCAAUAGUUCUGCCACAGGAAAUAUAGGUUGCAGGUUUAACUAUCCUGUACUUCCUUCGAGUGUAAACUUACGUCGUCUUGAUGAGAAGGUUUUCCUACUUUAUGCCAAAGGGAAAGUUGACUCGUCCGGCUCGCCAUUACGACAUUCCACUUCUCAGUCAGGCCGAGGAUUCUCUCAGAGUCGUGUUAAUGUUACAAAGUUAAGCGACGUCACUGCAGAUGCUCCAAGUAAACUGAAAAAAAAGGUUCAUGGUUCACUCAUGGCUACUUUUUGGAUUCUCUUCGCUUCCUGGGGGUUAUUUUUAGCUCGAUAUAAUCGAGGUAAUUGGCCAGAUACAAAAAUACUUGGAACUCCAGUUUGGUUUCAGGUUCAUCGUUUACUUAUGAUCAUUGUGGUAGCUGGAACUAUUUCUUCAAUGGUUGUUAUUGUUGAAGACCUUGAUGGAAAAAUCACCAAUCUUGGAAAAACAGCGGAAGCCCACGCAUAUAUUGGUUUUAUUGUUCUUUGUCUGGCUGUAUUGCAACCUUUAGUUGCUUUAUUUAGACCUAAUCCUGAAUCAACCAAUCGUUGGAUCUUCAACAUUUUUCAUCGAUUAUUUGGUUUCUCCACCUUUGUGCUAGCAUUCAUUACUGUCUUACUUGGCCUGGAAAUCUUUGAAGAAAAUGACAAUAAAGGUUUUUAUACAGUAAUCGGCUAUGGUGGGUUUUUGGCUGUUGUCUUAGUUACUAUGGAGAUUUCAAAGUGUUUUACCAAUCAAACUGAGCAAACUGUAGUAAAAGCUGACGAUCCUGGUGGAAUGACGAUGGAAACAACCAUUGUUACAAAUAUUUACCAUCCCAUGCUUUCACAAGUUUUUCUGGUUGUUUUGAGUUUUGUGUCUUUGGCUGUGACUGUGACAGUCAUUUACUACAUCAAUGAUGACGAAGAUGAGUAAGAAGAUGUGUUUACAUCAUUUUUUCACGAUGCUUUUUAACUAUUUCAUUUUAUUAUGAUUUCAAGAACGUUUUUAUUAAGAACUGUCGCAUAUAUUUUGUCACUGAUUAUAUACAGUAAAUAUAGAAUUAUAAACAAUUACUAUGGAUGUAGCUGUUCCUUACCACGGGUAUCGACUAAUUAGAAAUCGCGUUAUACAUGUUAUUUAUAAAAGGAUUAUUUGUCUUUCUGUAAAUAAUCUUAAUUAAAUAAUAGCAGACACAUUUUCAUAUACAUGUUUUUAUAUACUCUAA